AUGGGUUCAGAAGAAAACUUUGCAGCAGCCUCCAUUCCAAAGUUCGACGACGACUACGACCACUGGAGCAUGGUCAUGGAGAAUCUCCUUCGAUCCAAGGAGUAUUGGGUUGCUGUCGAAUCAGGCUACACAGAGCCAACGAGUAAGGAUGGGAUGAUGGGAGCACAAAUAAAAAACCUGGAAGAGAUAAAGCUAAAGGAUUUGAAGGCUAAGAAUUACUUGUUUCAGUCGCUUGACAAGUCAGUUCUGAAGACGAUCACGCAGAAGGACACAUCUAAACAGCUCUGGGAUUCCAUGAAGUUGAAGUGUCAAGGCAAUGCUCGGGUGAAGAGAGCGCAGCUCAAUCGUCUACGCCGAGAUUUUGAGGUCUUAGCAAUGAAGCAGGGUGAAUCGAUCACUGAUUAUUUUGGUCGAGUAAUGACGGUUGCAAACGACAUGAGGAAUUAUGGGGAAGAUGUGGAUGAUGUCAAGAUCGUUGAGAAGAUUUUGAGAACCCUCACUGAGAAGUGGAACUACAUUGUUUGUUCCAUUGAGGAAGCCAAGGACAUUGAUCAGCUAUCAGUGGAUGCCUUGCAAAGUUCUCUGCUUGUUCAUGAGCAAAAGUUCAAAGGAAGUGGAGAAGAUGAGCAUGCUUUGAAGGUAACUCAUGAAGAAAGAUAUGGUGGAAGGGGACGAGGAAGAGCUGCUUUCCGAGGAGGUCGGGGACAAGGCAGAGGCAGGGGUAGCCAACCAAGGAGUAAGGAAACAGUUGAAUGUUACAAGUGUCAUAAGCUUGGACACUUCCAGUACGUGUGCCAAGCAAACUAUGCUGGUUUGGAGGAAUCAGAAGAGAUGGUGCUAAUGGCGUAUGUUGACACGCUUGAAGAUGAUCGAAAUGUUGAGUGGUACAUUGACUCUGGGUGCAGUAAUCAUAUGUGGGAAUUAUGCAAGUAUGAACCUUGUUGGAAAAGGAAGUGUUUGGUUGACUGUAAAAGGAGUAAAUCACCUUGUACGUGA